CCUCCCGGUUCCGGCGCGCUGGAGGCCCCGGGUGGUGAACGCGGCUCCGGCACCAUGUCUGGUUUGUCUGGCCCACUAUGUUGGCCUGGCCCUCGCCCGUGUGCGUUGCUCUUUCUGUUCCUGCUCGGCCCCAGCUCGGUGCUCGCCAUCUCCUUCCAUCUGCCCGUGAACUCUCGCAAGUGCCUCCGCGAGGAUCACAGAUUCUGCGGGCCAUAUUCUGUAUGCCAAGGAAGAUGCAACUAAGGGGAAAUUUGCUUUCACCACGGAAGACUAUGACAUGUUUGAAGUGUGUUUUGAGAGCAAGGGAACAGGGCGGAUACCUGACCAACUCGUGAUUCUAGACAUGAAGCAUGGAGUAGAGGCGAAAAAUUAUGAAGAGAUUGCAAAAGUUGAGAAACUCAAACCAUUGGAGGUGGAGUUACGACGCCUAGAGGACCUUUCAGAAUCAAUCGUUAAUGACUUUGCCUACAUGAAGAAGCGGGAAGAGGAGAUGCGCGACACCAAUGAGUCCACGAACACCCGAGUCCUGUACUUCAGCAUCUUUUCUAUGUUCUGCCUCAUUGGACUAGCCACCUGGCAGGUCUUCUACCUGCGUCGCUUCUUCAAGGCCAAGAAGUUGAUAGAGUAAUGAGGCUCAGUCUUCUGUCCCCUGGAAUCUCAGCCAGCAGAACAUCGCUGGGACGUGCCUGGCCUAGCUCAAGGCCAUCCUACUAACAGUAUCAUCAAGGCACAGUGGAGCUUUCUUGCCAGAACUGAUUUCUUUUGGUGUGGGAGAACAUGGGGCACCACCUACACCCAACAAGUCAAUGAGGACUUCUUUUUAAUGCGGUAGGAUUUGGACUGGUUUUUUGACAAGAUUAUUAAAGUCACCGAUGGAAAAACAAGACAAAAAACAGGGGUUACCUAGAUAAUGCCAAAGCCAGCAUUCGUCUUGGGUUUCCUCAUGUGAUCAUUUGAGCUGUUUUUGUUUUGUUUUGUUUUGUUUUGUUUUUUCUCCCACUUGCUCAUCACUUUGGUCUUUCACUCUAGUUCUUCUCCCGAUAUUUCUAUGGCCAUGGUCCUCUUGUUUCAUGGCAGUUGUCCUCUUCGGUUUCCUUGUGAAAAUAACCUGAACUUUCUCUUGGCCCUUAGAUGAAAUGUUUACAUAGUUUCUGGUGAUAUCCUUCAUAAUUUUGUCUCCUAAGGGGUCAUUGAUGGGACACAUAAAAAAAAAAGUGAGCUUUGAAUUGUAGAUAAUCUCUUAAAAGAAAAUCUCAUUUUAGACAAUUAAAAUGUUUGUGUUCAACUGCUUGAACUCCUUGUGUGUGUGUGUUUAGUCCUGUCUCAGUUUGUCACAUGUAGAUCCCAGUGAUCAUUUCAAGGUGGAGUAGUUCCAUCAUGUGGUCUUCAUACUGCCCUUUUGUAGCCACUCCCUUCUUCUGUCUCCCUUCAGACUCCCCAGUCUGCUCACCAUUUCUGUACCUUUGUUCCUUUGUUCUGUAAAUGGAGUCAUCAAGAGUGUAACCUUUGGAAGCUGGCUUUCCGCUCAGCAUAACUACCAUGAAGUGUCCCUCCAGGUUGUCGCAUGUAUUGCUAGUUGUCUCCUCUAGGGCUAUGGAUGGUACUGCGUUGUUCUUAAAGGUCAUGGGGUGGGUUUGGGGAUUUGACCCUUAACUAGUAAGGUUCUUAUGUGAAUGUAAGUUUUCAUCACUUUGGGAUGCAUGCCUAAGAGAUCAGUUGCUAUGCUGUGUGGGAAGUAGUUCUUAAAGAAACUUCCCUGCUCUUGUCUAGAGUGGCUACAGCAUGUUACAUUUCCACAUUCUCAUUAGUACUUCUUAUCAUUGUUGUUUUAACUUAGCUCCUUGAAUAGGUGCCUGUAAUAUCUCAUUAUGGUUUUAAUUUGCAUUUUCCUAAUGAUGAAUGGUGUUGACCAUUCUUUCGUGUGCUAGUCAUUUGCCAUCUGUAUGUCCUUGGCAGUGAAAUGUCUAUCCAUGGCUUUUGCCCAUUUUCUACUUGGGUCAUUUGUUCAUGUCACUGUUGAGUUUUGUGGAGGUCCUUUAUCAGACGUGUGGUUGCUUGCAUUUUUCACAUAACUUCUACCAGGGAGAAAUAAGUAUAUUUUACCAGCCCUUCAUGCAUGGUCAGUCACUGACUUAGAAUUCCUGUACUGAUAUGUCCCUAACUGCUUCCUAAUCUCUAGAGAAUUGGACAUAGGGGGUUUAGAGAGACAUCCAGGAAAGACAUAGAAAGAUAACUACUUGAAAGUAUGUGUUGUAAAAGGUUCACUUGUUGGGAGCAUUAGGUACCUCAAGGCCAAGUCUAAUGUACAAAAGAGAUGUGGGGCUGAGCGUGUACCUCAGCGAUAGAGUGCUUACCUAACUAACAUAUGGAAGGCUCUGGGCCUGAUCCCCAGCACUAGGGGCAAAGUUGUACAAAUGUUUGUAAACAGGAAACAUACUCAUUUGUCAUCUGAUAUCUUUCCCACUUCUCCCAGGAAAGUAAGUAGGCAUUCAUUCUUUCUGUAAUCUUUAAACCCUGCUGACCUGUCAAGGGCUUGUCUUAGUUGCCAAGCUGAGAAUUACAGGACUUAGGUCCAGGUUGCUUGCAGUAAAGAAGUGGAAUAUUGAAGUUAUCAGAGAACACUGUUGAGUUGACAUGGAUGAAGUGUGAAGGUGAAAGGAAACGAUUUAUGAUGUUACAGUCUCAGGCUAUUCUGUAAGGUCCCAGUUACUGUAAACUCAGAAGCCUUCUUUGUCUUAUGACUCCAGUAAAUUGCUCUUGCGUGGCAUGAAAUGUUCUCUGGUAUAACACUGCCAUCUGCAGUUGAGAAGUGAUAGGUCUCACUUCUAAGAAUCUAGCAGUUGAGUCCUCACCACAGCAAUUGCAGAUGUUCAGGAAGCUGUAGCAUUUAUAUAUCAAGUGAUAGAGGAACGAUUCAGGUAGAAAAAGAGUAAGUUUUGGGUCAAAAUCCAUCUGUAGACUUUUAAAUGCAAAACCAUAGUCUGUGCCAUUAGCCUAACAAGAGACUCCUAUUUCUGACUUGUGCCUUCCCCCCUUGUAAGGAACAAUGAAAUCUACUCUGUUAGUUAGGGUUUUCUGUUCUGAAAAAUGUCAGAGAAGGUAGGAGAAAAUAAAAUAAGUAUUUUGUACAUAUUUUUUCUUUCCAAGUACAGCUCUAACCUUAAGCUUUGUAGAACUGAAAUUCUUUCAAGUCCUUUUCUCUGUUUUGAUUCAUGCCAAAAACAACCAACUUGGACAUUGUGUGUUCAGUUACAAAGUUAAUUGAAGAGCAUUUGCCUUGGACAGCAGGCUAGCACAAAAGCAUAUCAGCUUUAUAAACAGGUAUGUUAUCUGCUUCCCUCCAUUUUCAGCAUAUUCAAGAUAAUCUGAGACUAAUAGUUUCAACAAACCUUGUUAUAUACCAUUGUCAUGAGCCCCCGACAGAGCCAUUCUGCUGUUUGUUAAUGGAAAGAGGCAUGUGGGAUUUAUACAGACUCACCUGUUGGAGAUUUUUGUGUAAACUUUCACAAAUAAAGGCUAGCAGAAACCA